UAGAUAGAAAUAAAAUAAACGAAGAGGAAAAGGAAAGAGAAGUCUACUAAGUCAUGAGCACUAGAAGAAAUAUCUAUCCUUCCUUCGACGACUGUCAACCUGACAGCAUCCAAGUCAAGAACACUGAUAGUGAUAACGAAAGAGAACUUGAUACUCCACCAAUGGCUUCCAACAUCAAUGAAUUAAAUCAAAGAGUUGAGUUAAUUGAAUCGAAUGUUGCAUCCGGAUUUGAACGACUAGCACGAAUGCUUGAAAGUGUAUUAACUCGUAAUGAACGGCCGGAAAUCGGUUAUCGAAGGUCACAACAUGAAUGUGAUAUCAUCACACUAACAGCCCUAUCUAACAGCCCUGAACCAAAACCAAAAAGACCCAAACUUUCAUUAAUCACCAGCCAAUUGCGAAAGAAAUCCAGUGCCAGACUGCUCCUGUUGAAUUUGCAAUCCAGAUAUGAAUGCAAUUGAGAUUAAACCACACCAUCAACCACAGCACUUGUCCUUGAAGACUCUUUUUAAUAUUUCUAUUCAGAAAAAUAUUUCCUCCAUAAACUUCAUACACCUAUUUGACCAGUACAUUGCUAAGUUUGCGGAAAACAAUCCUGGUGAUACAUCAGAUGCUAGCUUUUUUGAUCUAUUAAACAGUGUUUCUGAUUUGGAAUACAUUUUGAAUAUAUCUCUUAUUAAUGAUAUUGACAACAGAAAUUACGGUUUCAUAAAUUUAUUAAAGGUUUUGUACAAGAAAAGUUACCACAUACAGAUAAAUGUCAUUAGUAAAUUUACAAACAACGAUUACUACAUUACUUUGUUGUUUUCUCAACUAAUAAACUCUUCUGCAGUCGAUGCUGUUUUAAAAUCAACUCUGGCUGCUGAUGAACUACUAGGUAAUGAGAUUUCUAUCAAAAAUGAGGCUGAUGAUAAAGACAAUGUCUUCAAUUUCUUCAAUUUUAAUGUGCAGAAAAUAAGAAAUAAUAUAAGCAAGAUUGUACUUAACAAUCCAAACUACAAGAUUGAUUUGGCCAAAAUAAAGAACUUUUUUGAGUCUAUUUUCUCUUAUUUAUCAAACGUUAUAUCCUUUCUAAAUACCAACAAUAAUUCUAUUAACAGUAAUCAAAUCAAUAAUUUAAACAUGCAAUUGAAACUUUUGAGAUCUUUUUUAUAUUUUUUAAUAGAGUUAUUCUUGCAUAUCAAUAACUACAAUACUCUUAUUUUAUCAAUGGAUAAGUCCAACCUUAACAACUACUUUAUCAUUCCUCAAAAAUUUAACGAUUUUUUAUUUCAAUUGCUUUUAAAAUUAUCUUCUAUUAAAAGCUUAAUUUAUUUGCUAAACUAUUUAAAGCCCCAAUUAAACAAUUAUUUAUCCGAUUUAAAUCAAAACACAAAUUCAAUCUCCUUGGUUUCUUCAAUUCCAAAAAAGUCCUUUAAUAGCGAUAUUGUCAAUAAUAUUAAUAAAGAUAAAAUAUUAAAAUUAAUUUAUUUAAAUUCCUCACUAAAAAACUAUCUAACUUCAGAGUCUCUGUUUUCAAAAGGCUUUUUGUCAUUAUUUAAUGCUUCCUAUUCUUCUUAUUCUUCCAAUAACUUGACCAACUCUAUCAAAAGAGUUAUCAAAUCAUCCUUUGAAUCUUUUGCUUUAAGUAUAUUGAAUAAAUCCUCGAGAUAUUUGCUAAAAUAUUGGAAGCUCUUCAUAGUUAAAAAUAUUCCUUUGAUUAUAUAUCAAUUAAAAAAGGACUAUUCUUUUUCAUUGUCUAAUUUUUCUGCUGAAAAUACAAAUCAAAAUAGCUUAACCUCAACAAUUGUUCAAAAAGCUAUUAUUUCGGUGUUUUUAAACGAUUUAGAUUCAAAAACUAUUAAAAUUAUAAAAUUGUUUAUCAAUGAAGAAAACGAUAUAAAAUCAAAACCUUUUUUAUCUAAAUUUGACUUCAAUUCUGUUUCUGGGAAUCAGACAGAAAAAAACACUAAAAAGUUGAACCAUUUUUUUUCAAAUUCGACAAAUUAUUUUAAGUUCAUUAAUGAUGAUGAUGAGGAAGAGGAUAUUUUCUCCUCUUUUCCUUCCACCUUAACAGAUAUCAGACAUGAUUUUCUCAAAAACUGUAUAGCUUUAAAACUAAUUGCAAAAGAAGAUUUUCAUACUAUAUUGAAAAAGGAUUCUUUGGCCGAGUCCAGAAUAUUAAAAGAAGAUGAUAACAUUUAUCUUUCAGAUGUAUUUCCUGAUUUAGUUAACGUUCCAAAGGUCUUUUUGGAAGCUUUUCAACUUGAUCAACAGCAAACAUUAUCUUUUCAGUCUCAGUUACAUCGUCCUACAUUGAACAAUUUUCAAAUAUUUUCUUCAUCAGAACCAAUAAAUAACAUUAAUUUUUUUUUAAAAACAUUGUUUUUUAUGGAAGCUAAUGCUUUUGUUGAUGCUAGUGAUGAUUCAAAUGAAAACACUUUAUUAAAAUCAAAUUUUGUCAAAUUUUUGUCAAAUUUCAACAAUUUUGAAGUCUUAAAACAAUACGAAAUAUCACUUGCUAUUUAUCAGUUAAUGAUGGAAUUAAUUGAAAAGAAGAAUGACAGACUAUUGAAUCGAUUAUUUUUAUUAUUAAUUAUUUUAAAUGAAUAUAAAAUAUUGAAUAGUAUGCUUCAAGUACCAUUUCCUAGUGAUAAUCUGAAUUCAUUAAAUUCUAAUUAUGGCAGGGUCUAUUUUGAUAACAAACCACUUGACAUAAUAUUAUAUUUUGUUUCACCUUUAAAGUUUCUUUUACCCAUUGUACAUUAUUGUGAUUCAUGGCAUGAAAUAAAAGAAGAAGAAAAUCAAGUUAAUCAUGGUGUCGACGUUGAAAUGAACAGUGAAGACGAUAACUAUCAGGAAGAUUAUUGCAAUUUUAGUGUAUUUAUUUUGUUCAUUGUCUAUUUAACUAAAAAGUUGAAUAUCUCACAGAAUGAGUUAAUGACUUCUUACACUUUUGCAAAUACCGAUUACAAUUAUUCAAAAGAAGGCUCAAAUUCUCAUAGCAAAUCAUUUGUUCUUGAUUAUUUGAGUAACUUAAAUACAUUGAAUAGCAAUCAGCCAUGCUUUAUUACAAAUGAAGGGGAAGCUGCAAAUAUGGCAUUAUUGAAUGAUUGGAUAUUUGCAUUAUUUGGGUCAUCAGAUGGUAUAUCUGAUGAACUUAUAAGUAAAUCAUCCAUUAAAACUUGUUUCAAGUUAACUCCUAUUAUUUUCAAAGAAUCAUUUUUUGCAAAUCUUUCAAGUUUAAUAGAUUUUGACACCCUAAAAGAAGGCACUCAAUAUUUUUUUCAGUCGUUUUUAAUUGGAACUCUAUUGGGUGCUUUUAAGUGGGUUGAAGAUUUUUUUUUCAAUUUUAAUUUUCAGGAUAGUUCAAAUGAUGCCAUUUUUAUUGAUCAGAAUUUUUUUAUCAGUCCUGAAAUAAAGUCAAUACUAAUCAAAUCAAUAGAUAUUUUAUAUAUUCUUUUGUUGGAAAAUCAUUUGGGUUCCAACUUGAACUCUCAGAAUUGGAUUAUUCACAAAAUUUUAUUAUUAUUAUCUUCUCCAACAUUGUCUAAAUCUUUAGAAAAAAUAUUUUACAUUUUUGGAAAAUUAAGAACAUUAAAUAACAUUGAAAUCUCGAUUUUUAACAAGAUAAAGAAUCUAAUCAAUUUAUUCAAUAAGAUAAAUUACAACACAGAGAAUAAUUUAUUGAAUAUUAAUAUUAUCUCAUCAAAAAACAAAUUUUUUGUUCAAGAAAGUUUUAACUCCUUGCAUUUUGAUCUUAAAUUGAUGUUAAAUAAUUACCAAGAAUAUCAAGCUUAUUUCAAUCCUAAUUUCAGACAAAAUGAGCAAUUAUUAUCUCUGAUAAAUAACUAUAAAUCAAGAAACCCCUUAGACAUUUAUUCCCCCAUGGCUCUAUUUACGAACCAGUUCGAGUCCCUAAUGUAUUGGUGUAAUUUAGAAAAUGAUAAUUCCAGAGGCAUAAAUAAAAAAAAAGUUUUUGUAACUCCAAGCUUUGACGUUUUAUUACUUGAUCUAGUUGUGGCAUUUUCUGGGUGCGCAAAUAUAGUUUAUUAUUUUUUAUCACAAAUUCAAAAAUAUUAUGUUGAAUAUUUGGAAAUCAAAAGACUAUAUGAUGAGUCUCAACUAAUACUUCAAGAAUUGAAAAAUGAAAACAGUGAUUAUGGUAGAAAGUCAAAACCCAAUCUUGUGAUUCAAGAAAGGAAAUUAACAGAAAAUGUUUCAAAGUUGGGAUUGAAGUCAGAAAAUGUUAGUAGGCAAAAAGAAAAUUGUAUUGAUGUAGCUGUUAUGUUGAUAAUAUGUUUCAGUAUGAAUAAGCUUGGUUCAAAAAAUAUAAAAAAACAAUGGCUUGAUUUGUUAUUAGAUAAUAAAAGCGCAUAUGAAAUGGAAAAUAAAAGCCACAAUACUUGUCUUACGAUUUUUAGCAAAGUUCCUGAGGAAUACAUAACUCUGAUUGAGAACCCAGAUGAUAUCUACACCAAAAAUAAUAGAAUGAAAGGAAGCAGUGAUGAUAAAGAAAAUAAAGAUGACAAUAAUAAAAGACACAAAUUUAAAUUUGAUUCAAAUCCAGAUAAAGAUUUUUCGUAUUCUCUUUUGAUAAUCAAUAGCAAGUACCACGAACACAAGAAAGAUGUAUUAAUUGGUGAAAAACAGAUAAAAAAGAUACGAAAAAACGAAAAUAGUAUAAUCACAGCAGAUGUGUCAUUAUUAAGUGAAGAGAUAUUUGGUGCUUUUAUUCAAAAAUUGAUCCAGGCAGUCAAAGAUUUUCCGGCAGUUGAGGAAUCCCCAAACUCGAUACAAUAAGCAGACUGAUCAUUGGAAAAGGUAAUUUUGGACUGGUAUUUGUAUUUUGUUUUCGUUUUUGUUUGCUUCGAGUAAAAUGUACAAUUCGAAAUAAUUAUAAUUUGUAUUACACAGCGAUAAAUUCAUGAAAUUGAAUUGUUAUUGUAUAAAAUUAAUUUAUUCAUUAAAACAUUAUAAAUUAUAAACAAAGAUAAGUAGGAUUGAAUAACAUCGAAAAAACGUGAAGAUCUGCUACAAGAAAGGUAAUAACAAGAUAUAAAAAAUAAUUAAACUUUGAAAGAACUAACCAGUUUGAAUUCCAGAAAUACUAAUUUCAAUAAAAACCGUAUAAAAAGACAUUUUUAAAAUUCGUUGAAAAAAUAAACAAUUCUGAUCCUGAA